AUGGGCUGCAAGCGCAAGCACUCGUCCGACGACUCGUCGCUCUCCAUUUCCAGCUUCGGCGCUGUUUCCCCAAAGACCCUGGAUGCCUCGAUGGAUUUGGAUGCCUACCCGCGAUCUAAUGGCUGGGACUUCAUGAGUGCGGGUCGAGUCAAGAACAGCGACUGGGGCAACCGAACAUGCAAAAGGGUGCGCGACAACCGACCAGACGAGCGCGCAAUACACGAAAACACUCUAAAUAAACUCUUUUCUGCGCAGCGCAACCAUCGCGAUAUCACAGCCCCAACAUCCCACUCCUUAUCAAGUCAGCAGUCUACCUUGGCAAUCUCAAAACCGCAAAAGUCGACAUUACACUCCUUCUGGAAAGAACUGCCUGCACCACCUGUCCAACCCAUUUUCUCGAUGCCUGUGCAACUUGCUCAGAGUUCCUCACCGCUGGCUCGGUGUGACGACUGCGAUACACCACUGCAAAGCGAAUACGAUAGUAUGGAUAUCGACAUGGAUGCAGACCUAGAAGGAUCUGUUGAGGGUAGUUCGUUUGCGUGCAAUGAUUGUGGGAGAAAUGUUUGUGGUACAUGUGCAGUUGUCUCAGCCACAAGACAUUGCCUACAGUGCGCCACCACGGGAAACCAUUUACGGCCGUAA